GCCGUGUCCAUCGAAACGUGUUCAACAAUUGUAAUUUAUGAAUUCAGAUAAGAAUAUAAUCGCAUAUUGUGCUUGCUUGGAUAAUAAUUGUCAAUUUAGACAAGCACAAAUGGAAUAUAGACGGCAGAUGAACUUGAUCGAAAGACUUAAUAAUAUGAGAGGGAUAGAGUACAAUCCAGCUGAGCCGGGGUUAUUUAUUAGAAGAAAUCGCUGGGACCAAGGACCAGAAGCUAUUCCCCAGCAAGCAAUACAGGAAAAUAUUCCUAUCACUUAUGAGGAAAAUAAUAAUAUUACAAAUCAGGCUCCAUGGAUUCGCACAAGAACUCGUCCACGAAUCAUAUCAUCAGCACGUGUAGAACCAGUAGAGCAACAACUACAACCGGAACCAGCUCAACCAGUGCCUGCACCACGAGAAGUUCAACUUGUUCCGGUUGUAGUUGAACCAAUACCAGCACCGCGUGUUCUCCCAGUGCCUGCACCAGUAGAGCAACAACUACAACCGGAACCAGCUCAACCAGUGCCUGCACCACGAGAAGUUCAACUUGUUCCGGUUGUAGUUGAACCAAUACCAGCACCGCGUGUUCUCCCAGUGCCUGCACCAGUAGAGCAACAACUACAACCGGAACCAGCUCAACCAGUGCCUGCACCACGAGAAGUUCAACUUGUUCCGGUUGUAGUUGAACCAAUACCAGCACCGCGUGUUCUCCCAGUGCCUGCACCAGUAGAGCAACAACUACAACUGGAACAAGCUCAACCAUUGCCUGCACCAGUAGAGCAACAACUACUACCGGAACAAGCUCAACCAAUACCAGCACCGCGUGCCCCCCCAGUGCCUGCAUUAAGGCAAGGAUUAAGACGAUUACCACGACAAGGUAGAUUAAUAGGACCGCGACAAGUUGUUGAACCUGUGAAUAUGCUAGAACAAGCUCAACCAAUACCAGCACCGCGUGUCCCCCCCAGUGCCUGCACCACGACGUGCUAUUGAAAUACCCGCUCGUCAUCUCCGAGGAACAACCCGCCAACGAUUAUGUAAGGCUAUGAGGGUCUUUGCAACAGCGUCCUCUAAGAAAAGACGCUAGUUUACUCUUUUUUAUUUCGCUGCAUUCUAACUUUGCUUCUUUUCCUUAUUUUAUAUUUUUAUAUUUUUUUAAUUUCUAACGUUUGAUAUAAAGUUUCCACUAUUUCAGUUUAAUCUUUUUUACUGCAUGCAAACUUUGCUAUUUUCUUUUUUUUAUAUUUUUUAAUUUCUAACGUUUGAUAUAAAGUUUCCACUAUUUCAGU